CACACAACCACGAAAUUCCCUACCAACUGUGACUGGGUCUGGAAUCCAUAAAGACUAAACAGCAUCCAUCGACCUCUUUCCAGGAGACGGGAAAGAUGGCGGAGGAAGACUCUGCAACGGCGCCGCCGUCACAGCUUCUCGAGCCAUGGCCCAAGUCCACGGGAAAAGUGAAGAAGCCAAUGGAGAAGAAAAGCGACGAAUCAAAGACCAAGCGGAAGAGGAAGCAUUCCUUCACCAAGACUAUGCAUGCUGAAUCUAAUGAACAUGGAAAUUCUACAAGCGUUAUGAGAACCAAGUCCACAGUGGAUGGUACAUCCCCUCAUUUAGAAGCUAAUUCGGCUAUUGGCAGGGCAUUAGAGGUCCAGUCAAACCUAGAACCGGCUUUCCCCAGCUUUGUCAAGACUCUCCUCAGAUCGCAUUGUCAGGACCGCUAUAGGAUGGGGCUCCCAGGGUAUUUCAGCAGGGAAUACUUACCACAUGAAGAUGUCACGUUGGUUAUAGAAAAUGAGGAUGGAGUAUGUUACGAGACUAGAUACUUCAGUCGUGAUGCAAUGCUUGGUGCUGGUUGGAGGCAGUUCUGUCAUGCACAUCAGUUGAAAGAGGGAGAUGUUCUGGUCUUCCAAUUAGUCGAGCCUACCAAACUUAAGGCUUAUAUAGUGAAAAUAGACAACCUUAAUGAAGUCGAUGGGGCCCUUGGACUCCUCGGUCUUGAUGCUUCUGCGAAAAGACUCUAUCCAGAUGAUGAUCGUGUGGAGGAGAAAGGCCGUGAGCCGGCAGAAAGUGAACACCUGGAGACUCCUUGUUCGUCCUAUCACAGGCGGAAGAAGAAAAAGAAGCUCCCUGAGCAAACUUCGGAACAAUCUCGAAAUCAGAGUGAAGAGAUAGUCUCGGAAGUUCUAGAAGGCUCCAAAUCGGGCGUCUGUGAUACUCAGUUUGAAGGUAUCCGAAGUCUCGAAGACUUCAAAAUCUUGGUGAAUGGGAAGGUCAUGGACUCGGAAUUUCCUGAAGAUAUCAGGAGGAAGUACUACGAGCUUUGCCUCAGUCAGGGGUCCUUCCUCCAUGCUAACAUUGUUGAGGGCAUAAACGACCAAUUAGUUGCCAGCUCUAUCUCUGAGACCGUCAGUGUAGCCGAUGCCAUAAGAUCCUGCAACCGUGGUACUGCCCGGGUGACGGCAUGGGACCGGACACUGAAGGCCCUGGAGAUGCUGGGGAUGAAUGUAGGGUUCCUGCGGGACCGGGUGAAGAGACUCAUGGGCCUCAACUUCGACUCGGAUAACACUGAGCAGAGGUACAAAGUAGCAGAGAGGGAGCGGGCUCGCGCGUCGGAAGAGAUACGGAAGAUGGAGGCAAGGCUCAAGGAGAUGAAGGAGGAGAAAGAGAAGUUGAGUGCCGAGGUUGAGAGCUUGAGGGUGAAGGCCGAGUCACUUCGAGUCAAGUACCUGGAAGAGGCUACUGCUCCCUGGUGAAAAGGAGCCAAAUUUCCCAUUAUCAUACAUAUUAUACAGUGUGUAUUCUGUGCCAAACUCCAUAAUGUUGAUAUCAGCUGUCGCUCCAUCUUGUGUCGAUACUCUUACAGAUUAGACCCUUUGACAUGAAACAAAGAUUAGGUGACUCAAAUAUGUUAAAAACUGACUCUCAUUAGUAGGUCUGGCUUUUUUCUUGCACUAA